AUGAACGGGGAAAAUAAUUACAGAGACGAUGAUGGAACUCAAGCAGACAGUGAAAGUAAAGAAGAAAAGUUAUCAGAAGCUACACAAGGCAUGGAGUUUGAGACAGAAGAAGAAGCCUUCAAAUUUUACAAUGCAUUUGCAUAUGGUGUUGGUUUUAGUAUUAGACGAAGUAAGCGUGAAAAGAAUAAGUGUGAUGGCAGUGUGAAAUCUCAUCGUGUUGAGACAAGAUUUGGAUGUCUAGCAAGGAUGAAAAUAGUUGUCGGCUAA